GGCGGUGGCGGCGGGCAGAGUCGCGGCGCGCACUCCCAGCGCGCCAACGCGGACUCGGCCGGAGCCCGUGGCGGCCUUGCGCGCGGCCUUCACCCCGAUCCUCGACCCGCACCGGUGGCCGAGCAUGGGCGCGCGGGUGUCGGGCGGGCUCCGAGCCCGGGCCGGGCUGCUGCUCGCGGCGCUGCUGCUGCUGCUGCUGCUCGGGCUGCUGGCGCCCGGCGCGCAGGGGGCGCGGGGCCGCGGCGGCGCCGAGAAGAACAGCUACCGCCGCACCGUCAACACCUUCUCCCAGAGCGUCAGCAGCCUGUUCGGCGAGGACAACGUGCGCGCCGCGCAGAAGUUCUUGACCCGCCUGACGGAGAGGUUCGUGUUGGGAGUGGACAUGUUUGUGGAGGCGCUGUGGAAAGUUUGGAUGGAGGUCUUGGAUGUUCUUGGGCUUGACGUGUCCAACUUGUCCCAGUACUUCAGCCCAGCCUCCGUGUCCAACAGCCCGGCCCGGGCCCUCCUGCUGGUGGGUGUGGUCCUCCUGGCCUACUGGUUCCUGUCUCUGACCUUGGGCUUCACCUUCAGCAUCCUGCACCUGGUGUUCGGCCGCUUCUUCUGGCUGGUGCGGGUGGUGCUGUUCUCCAUGUCGUGCGUGUACAUUCUGCACAAGUACGAGGGUGAGCCCGAGAACGCCGUGCUGCCGCUGUGCCUCGUGGUGGCCGUGUACUUCAUGACGGGGCCCAUGGGUGUGUACUGGCGGGGCAGCCCGGGCGGCACGGGCUCCCCCAGCGUGGAGGAGAAGCUCGACCACCUGGAGAACCAGGUCAGACUGCUCAACAUCCGCCUCAACCGGGUGCUGGAGAGCCUGGACCGCUGCAAGGACAAGUGAAGGUCAGGUGCCCGGCCGGGUCCCCGGGCGCCAGCUCCCACUCCCAGAAGACAGAAGAGGAAGAAAGCCACCACCCCCCGGCCCCCCCCCCAGUCUUAAUAAACAGCACUGAGCAAGAAAGUGGCGCCUGCUGAGCCUGGGCGCCAACCCUUAGGACCCGCAGAGAAGACAGAGAUGGCCGCUGCAGCUCCAUGCCGAGUCUUGUUAGUGGCGACAAUAUUUUUUAAACAAAAGGAUAUGACCCUAGAAGCUGUACAGUAAGAGAAAUUUAUCUGUGCAUAGAACAUAAAGUUAAUUUUUCAAGCAUUGACAAAUACAUCUUUUGUAAGGUUUUUAAAUAAAGGCAGCUGGAGUUGA